AUGAGCUACAUUGAAAAACGCUCACCUCACGAUUCCCAAGACGAAGGGAAAGGCGGAAUUUUCGACGGACUCCCGCCUGAUCCCGAUGCUCAUCUUAGCCCAGAAGAGAAAGAAAAGAUUGACCGCAAGUUGGUUUGGAGGCUCGAUUGGAUAUUAAUACCAUGGCUUUGCAUCCUUUAUCUGCUCGCCUUCUUGGACCGAACCAAUAUCGGCAAUGCCAAGGUUGCCCAUCUCACGGAUGACUUGCAUUUAUCGGUACCCGAGCAGUACAAUAUGACGCUUACCAUUUUCUUUAUCUCGUACUCCGUUUUCGAGCCGGUAACCAACGUUCUGCUUAAACGGCUGCGGCCUUCCGUGUUCAUCCCAAUUAUCAUGGUAUUAUGGGGUGCUUCUAUGCUCGGAAUGGGUUUCGUCUACAACUACUCUGGCCUGAUGGCUGCCCGUUGGUUCCUCGGCCUAGCUGAAGCGGGCCUCUUCCCUGGUAUCAACUAUUACCUGUCGUGCUGGUACAAGCGUUCCGAAUUUGGUGUCCGUGCCGCUAUAUUCUUCUCAGCAGCUGCUAUCUCAGGUUCAUUCGGUGGACUCCUUGCCGCCGCAAUAGAAUUGAUGGAUGGUAUUGGUGGCCGACCUGGGUGGGCAUGGAUAUUUAUUUUGGAGGGUUUGCUGACUAUUGUCUUCGGCGCCGCGUCUUUCUGGAUGGUGCACGACUUCCCCGAUCAAGCCCGGUUCCUCUCGGACGAAGACCGCAUUCGCGUAGUUCGUCGUCUCAAACUAGACCAACAGUCUUCAGCUGAGCACGAGGAAUGGAAAUUAAGCUAUCUCAUCGCUGGUCUGAAGGACUGGAAGAUGUGGCUAGGAAUGGUUAUCUACAUGGGAUGCGACAUGCCUCUCUACGCCUUUUCCCUCUUCCUACCGAGCAUCAUCCAGGAAUUGGGCUGGAGCACAAGUACUGUUCGGUCUCAACUUCUGAGUGUCCCCCCUUACGCUGCCGCCGCUGUGCUCACCGUUACCAUUGGCUUUGUUGCGGACCGAACUCGCCAGCGUGGCCUGUGCAACAUUUGCGUUAGUGUCGUUGGUAUUGCCGGUUUUCUAAUGCUUCUAGCGUCUACGGACCCUAGGGUUAAGUAUGCUGGCACUUUCCUCGGGGCUCUUGGUAUCUACCCUUGCAUUUCAAACACGAUCAGCUGGAUGGCAAACAACAUCGAGGGCGUUUACAAGAGAGGUGUGGUACUAGGCUUCGUAAUCGGCUGGGGUAAUUUGAACGGCAUUGUCAGUUCAAACAUCUACUUCAGCGCGCCCAGGUACCUCGAGGGCCACGGGGUCAUAGUCGCAUACAUGGCGCUGUUCCUGUUCGGUGGUAGUUUGUUAAUGACAACAUUGCUCCGGAUCGAGAACAGGAAACGCAGACAAGGGAAGAGGGACUACUUGAUUGAGGGGAAGAGCCAGAAGGAAAUUGAAGCGCUGGGCGACGAUAAGCCUGAUUUCAUUUACACAGUUUAA